UUUUACGUCGGAUACCUUUCACCUUGAGUAACAGGCUUUCCACGAUCGUGGCACGUCCGUCUGGAAAUGUUAGUUCCGUAGAGAUUAGGAACAGAUAUAAGUUUGGACAACAAUGCGAGUGAUAGAGCCCUCUUUCUGGAUUGUCUACUGGCCAAACAACGCUAUGUCCGCUCCUCCUGCUCUGACACCCCUGCCUUUUUCUAGUCUUGAUAGUACCCUCGGUGCUCUUUAUGUAGGCAAUGUGUUGGUGGCGUUCUUUUGCGGCAUCACAAGUUUCCAGACCUACGUUUACUUCGUUCGCAAUCCGAAAGAUAACCUUGCACUCAAAUCUGCCAUCUUCAUUCUCUGGGUCAUCGAUAUGGUACAUUUAGCAUUCCUGUCUCACUCGUUCUACAUAUACACCAUCACAAACUACGCCAAUCCCUUGGCAUUACUGAAGGUUCAAUGGGGACUCAGCGCGUUAGUAGCGCUGACAGAUGUCAGUGAUGCCAUCGUCCGAGGGAUAUUUGCGCACCGCAUAUGGAGUCUGAGCGGUCAUAACUACUUUCUCACUGCGCUUAUCGCAGUUGCGUCUCUCGUCGUUUUCGUUAGUGGGAUGAUAUUUUCUGUGAGAUGUGCUCAACUAGGAGAGUUCCUUAAACUUCAAUCAAUAUCAUGGCUCAUGUACUUGAGUCUCGGGACCAUAGCUCUCGCAGACAUUAUCAUAGCUGCGUCGCUAUGUAUCCUCCUGAAGAAACAAGUUACGGUAUCGAAGAGAACGCAGUCAAUCAUGCGCACCUUGAUGCUCUAUAGCAUCAAUGCAAGCGCAUUAACAAGCAUAUUCUCGAUCGCAUGUCUGGUAACGUAUGCAACCAUGCCGGACAACCUCGUCUUCCUGGCGAUCUAUGUCGUAAUACCAAAGUUGUACUUCAAUUCCCUCCUGGCGAUGCUCAACUCUCGCAAGGCUCUGAGAGAACAUCCAGGGGACCCUGUAUCAAUACCGCUGUCGCAGAGCGCUGCUUCAAGAGUACGAACAUUCGCGACCGACCAUCCUUUUGCUACUGGUGGAAGCAUUGUGUCGGGAAUUCAGAUAGAGACAAUAACUGACAGAAAGUAUGAUCGUGAAGGGUAUGAUGGUGUUCCAGAGUCGCCUGGAUAUUUGGACCAUCGACACAGUCGAUUUUGACGACUGUUGUAGUGGACAGCAAAUAUAUUGUAAAGAGUUUGAUUCCUUCCUCAAAUUAUUUAUCUUUCAUCCAUUAUGACUUUCACAUUUGUCUGCCUUGUUGUUAGACACUCUCACAUUGCAUGUCAGAGCCUGUAUGCGAAUCAGUCGCAGACUGUUGUUGUCCAACUUUAUAUUUAGGCAGUGUAUAAAAAGAAAUCUCCGAUACGGGGAAUCGAACCCCGAGCUGCCGCGGGCGUCUAAAGACAGAUGAAAGGCGGCAAUGUUAGCCGUUACACCAUAUCGGAGUUAUCAACAAAUAUAUAAUUUUUAAGAUA